AUGCGCGUGUUUGUGCGUGCGUGUAUUUGGCGCACAGCGUUGUGUAUUGGCCACUGGGUUGAGACGCCCUCUUCUUGCACAGAUAGGAUGUGCAACUAGGAGCUAUUCCAAACGAAAUACAGAAGAUCGCUUCAUGCCUGUCACGGUCGCUCUCUCUUACUCACUCUCUCUCUCUCGCUGUCUGAUUGGUGCUCUCUCUCUCUCCCUCUCCCUGUGUUUCUCUCUCUCUUUCUCUCUCAGCCAAUCUACACGCGGUGACGCUGCGAGCAGAGGAAGGCUGGAUCUAGUUUUUUAGGCUUCAUAAUAUUUAACACACACACGCCCUGCUCCACUGCUUCACAUACGCGCGCUACAUAGAAGCGGCUUUUUCCCUCAUACGCCAUCCCUACCGCUGUUCAUCGGGACCGUAUAUAUAUAUAAAGCAUUUGCUGAAGAACAACAACCUGCACCUGUGCUAUAACUAUAUAGAUCUGUGCUGUUAGGGACCCGUGGACAUUUAAUGUACUGGGGGAAAGGGAUAUCUGGAUCGGUUUGCCGUGGAUGAGUCAGGCUGUUUCCCGGGACUUUCCUCAGAGAACAGUGUGUAUCUGACAGUAGUUGAACUGCCCCCGCGGUAGAUAGGUUAGGUGUGAACCAGCGUCUCGUCUCGCGCCGUGCGGUUCACCGUAUACCGGGCAGCGGGAGUAAAGGUUGGGGCAGCACAGCCCCUCACUGAUGCGCACUCUCAGACAGACCCGUGCAUACUGUGGACGUAUGGGGCUCUUUUUUUUAAGAAUAAUCAUUGAAGAUCUUUGCGUCGACUGUUCCUCUGCAACGUACCUGACACCUGUACAGCGAUAGAGAAAAUAUCGAGAGAGGGAGAGAGAGAAUGUGGCUGGAGCAAACCGGUCGCUCUCUCCAAACAAUCGGACCGGUUCUACCUGGACGCAUGCGGAUGAUUUCGCGAUUCUGAAAACUCUUGGCCGUGACAGCGGCACAGAAGAACCACGCAAGAGGGGUUGGUGGGUGGUGGGCGGGUGAGAGGUCGUAAAUGUGGAAAAGAAAGCAACCCAAACCUGAACACCUUUAGUCAAGACGGCAAGAAGUGACGAUGGAUACUACUUAUUCAACGUUUAUCUCGUCCGGUUGGCGUCAAGUGUCGUGAACAUCAUAAGCGAUGUAGUCAGCUUGUUCAUAUGCGUGCUCAUCAUUUGCAGUAAAUACUCGAAUUCGCUCAAAAGGGAGACUAUGAAAAUGAUCCUCCUGCGUAAAUUCCGCGUUCUGAUCCUCAUGGUGUUCCUGGUGGCGUGUUCGAUGCACAUCAUGAUCGACCUGCUGCCGAAGCUGGAGAGACGCGGGAACAGCGGCUGCUCCUGUUCGCACACGCCGAGCGAGGAGCCCGGAGACUGGGCGCAGAAGCAGCUGCAGCCGCUGCAGCAGCAGCAGCAGGGCUGGCCUAACAAGCACACGCUGCGGAUACUUCAGGACUUCAGCAACGAGCCCAACUCCAACGUGUCCUCCAACUCCCUCGAAAAGAAUCAGUUCCCUCCGGUGGGUCAUAAUCAAAACGAGCGGUCUUCUCGCCAGCCCGAGCAUCAAGCUGCCCAGCGCGGUGACCCGAAGAGACACUCGCCGCCCGACGUGGUCGAACAGCAGGGGGUCAAGGCUUUGGUGAGACUGGCGGCCCUCUAUGAACACCCGUUAUUUAAAACAACAUUACCUGCCCUGACGGACGAGGACACGCUGUUCAACGUCAACACCGACAUCCGGUUUGACCCCAAAGCCGCAGAGGACCAGGAAUGGCAUGUGGAUGGAGACGCGGAGGCUUUCAGUCCAACAGGAGCCCUCACAGCCGACUCCUACCCCAACUGGCUGAGAUUCCACAUCGGGAUCAAUCGAUAUGAGCUGUACUCACGACACGACCCCGUCAUCGAUGGACUGCUGAAGGACCUGGACGCCCAGAAGAUCACCAGCGUGGCCAUGAAGUCCGGGGGCACCCAGCUGAAGCUGAUCAUGACCUUCCAGAACUACGGACAGGCCCUGUUCAAACCCAUGAAACAGACCCGGGAUCAGGAGACACCGCCAGACUUUUUCUACUUCUCGGACUUCGAGCGACACAACGCUGAGAUCGCCGCCUUUCACCUGGACAGGAUCCUGGACUUCCGGCGGGUUCCCCCGGUGGCGGGCAGGCUGGUCAACAUGACCAAGGAGAUCAAGGACAUCACCAAGGACAAGAAGCUGUGGAGGACCUUCUUCAUCUCCCCAGCCAACAACAUCUGCUUCUACGGGGAGUGCUCCUACUACUGCUCCACGGAGCACGCUCUGUGCGGGAAGCCUGACCAGAUAGAGGGCUCCCUGGCUGCCUUCCUGCCCGACCUGGCCCUGGCCAAGAGGAAGACCUGGAGGAACCCCUGGAGGAGGUCCUACCACAAGCGCAAGAAGGCUGAGUGGGAGGUGGACCCAGACUACUGUGAGGAGGUGAAACAGACGCCCCCGUACGACAGCGGGACGCGGCUGCUGGACAUCAUGGACAUGACCGUGUUCGACUUCCUCAUGGGAAACAUGGACCGCCACCAUUACGAGACGUUUGAGAAGUUUGGAAACGAGACCUUCAUCAUCCACCUGGACAACGGCAGAGGGUUUGGAAAGCAUUCUCACGAUGAGGUCUCGAUCCUGGUGCCAUUGAGCCAGUGCUGCAGGGUGAAGAAGUCCACCCACCUGCGUCUGCAGCUGCUGGCCAAGCAGGAGUACCUGCUGUCCUCCAUGAUGGCCCAGUCCCUGCUGCGAGACCACCUCGCCCCCAUCCUCAUCCAGCCCCACCUGGACGCCAUGGACCGCCGCCUCCGCCAGGUGCUGACCGUGCUGGCCGACUGCAUCGAGAAGGAGGGCUACAGCAACGUGGUGGCGGACGACCUCCAGGGGGAGCCAGCGCACACAUCCCCCAGACAGAGGUAGCUGGCCGGGGAGGCGCAUGCUAGAAGGACCUGAAACUUCCUGGAGAUAUGGGACCCGGAAUAGACUUUUGAUUUCCUCCUCUGGUCGCCGGCUGCUGAUCUGAGACGGCUAUGGCUGUGAAACUGACCACACAGUGGAUGGACACGUUCGGCUAUUUUAAACUCAUGGGGAUGGCUGCCCCAAGGAACCCAAGGCGUUGUUCUGCUGGGAGAGAGAGAGAGAGAGAGAGAGAGAGAGAGAGAGAGAGAGAGAGAGAGAGAGAGAGAGAGAGAGAGAGAGAGAGAGAGAGAGAGAGAGAGAGAGAGAGAGAGAGAGAGAGAGAGAGAGAGAGAGAGAGAGAGACAGAAAGAGAGACAGCCUCUCUGAUACAAAAACACAAAGUGUAAAGACUUGAUGAACAAAAAGCUGGUGUUCGGAAUGAGUUGACUGGAUUAUACACAGCAUCGGACCCUACCGCAUCACCUUAAAGAAACCCCUCCCCUACUCUGAUGCUAGCAUCGCAGGCUAGCAUAGCAGGCUAGUGUAGCAGGCUAGCUAUUGCCACCUGCCCCCAUUCAGCAGCGCUACCAAACAGUGAAAGAAUGAACGAUUCUUGGGAGGUUACCCUUUUCUCCUUGUCUGGAUAAGGACCUGUUAGAAUUCAAUGAAUUUGAAGGAGAAAACACACACACACACACACACACACACACACACACACACACACACACACACACACACACACACACACACACACACACACACACACUGAACACUACAAAACACUCAGCCCCCUGAAACUGAAAUAAGUGUUUAAUGUGUUGUUGUACGGCCAGAAGUGUUUGAAGUUGGAUGAUAAUAUUAAGAGGAAAAUGACAUUGGUUAAAAUAUAUUGUGUUGAUUUAUUGCCUUUUUUUUUUUGCACAAGAUUAUUUUUAUUAUUUUACUUAGCCUACUUGUUACUUACUUAUUUUCUUUGGCAGUUGGGAUAUACAUAUUUGAUGGGAGUGCCGGUUUACUCCUGGAUCGUUAAAGUUUCAUUUUCCUGUCAAAUGAUCACUGCCCUUUGAAGAUUAUUUAUUGUAGUUUAUAUUUAUUAUUUAAAAUUAGCGAUACAAAACGUCAAUCAUCUAUUUGUUGUUUUGGGAUUGAAUGGGUGAAUUGGGAAACUAAUGUUUAGCAGAGGGCGGAAAAGACAUGUAUGGAGCCAUACAGUACAUCUAGCUGUACUACUGAAGUUGACAACCUUUCUUGAAAUUGUCCCCACUUACAUCAAAGAUUGUGGGUUUUGCUGUUUCCAAAUCACAUUUACAUUUUAGCCAGGAAAAAAGUACCCAACGCAUAUCUGUUAUUCUAAUUAAACUGACAUCCCAUUGCUUGCCAAACUGUUUACAUCAGUUGUGUUUACAACAUUUUAGUUGUUUUUAAUGUUAUUUCAUUACUAUUACAUUACAUUCCAGGUUAUAUGGAAAGUUAGAUCAACACGAUUGUGGUACCAAAAGGCCAAAUGAACAUUUUGUUUAUCAUUUUAGAUAUUUUUUGUUUGGAGAAUAUUUGUUAAUUUUAUAAAAGUAUGUUUGGUGUCCAAAUGUUGGUGUUAUGGAGAGAUAAAAAAAAACGGGGAUAAAUAUUGAUGCUUUCUUACUGACAGAUUAUGGGAUAAAACCCAAAUCAGUGGAAGAUUUCGUUGGGUGAAAGUUAAUAUAUACAGUAGGAAAAUCUAGUGCCUGUGCAAUGAUAGAAAUACUUGAAUGUGUGGUUUAUUGAACAAAGGGUUUUGAGGAUGUCACAAGACAUAGUCCCAGAGGUCUACCUAUAUAGCUAUGUGUACGCUGAUACCAUUUAUUCCAUACAUAAGUUUCCAUGGUUCCCGUGUUGGUAUGGUGUGUGUGUGUGUGUGUGGUGUGUGUGUGUGUGUGGUGUGUGUGUGUGUGUGUGUGUGUGUGUGUGUGUGUGUGUGUGUGUGUGUGUGUGUGUGUGUGUGUGUGUGUGUGUGUGUGGGUGUGUGUGUGUGUAUUUGUGUGCGCGCAUGGGUGCCUGUGUGUGUGAGAGAGAGAGGAAGAGAGAGACUAUGGAUGAAACGCUUCUGUUGUUUUUUUAAUUGAACUCACUGUCUGUGGCGUUUCUUUGCAUCAUGGUAGAAGUGCAAUAAAACGAAAUGUACAGAACA